UAUUAGUAUCGACGAACUACUCAAACACGCUGCCUUUGUUUUGCUGUACAGAGUUUGGAAUCAUUACAAUGGAAAAAGAACCAAAUUCCCCACAAACAAGUCUAUCGCCAGAGGAACCACCUCCGUGCUCCACUCAAACGGACCCAUACGAAGCAGCCUACAAUAUGCAGCCUGCUACUGUGACUACUGUAGUAAGAACGCAGCCAAAUAACUACUUAUGUUUGGCUAUAUUUGUUACAUUGUGUUGCUGUUUUACAUUUGGAAUUAUCGGAAUUGUGUGCAGCCAAGCUAGUUCACAUAAAUUUAGCCAUGGAGACGAUGUCGGAGCCAAAGAAUACGCUAUCUGUGCAAAAGUCUGGUCAAUAGCUGGACUAUUUAUUGGUGUAGCGGUGAUAGCUUUCGUGUCCAUAUCGGUUGUUUACUAUAUUAAGCACAGCAAGAUACACCCAACUAGUAUCCCAACUAGUAUCACACCGACACAACUAGUAUCAAAUGGACCUUUCCGCUAAGCUCCGCCCCUUGGAUUUUGUUGCUAAGGCCCAACAAGACGGCAGUGUUAAAACAUACGCGAACACGUGCGUUUGUGGGACAACACGUGUGUUUGUAAGACGCGCGCGUAUUCCUAGCGUUGUUCUGAUUAGUCAGUUGUGAAGUGAUUGACACUCCGGAAAGGUCUAUUUAGGUUAGAUGUAAUGCUAUCAAAAAUUUCCUUCGGGCCUUGCAGAUCCCCAGGAAUUUUUUUCAAGCAUUAGAUCUAACCUUCGUAUAAUAAUUUUUCGUUAGUCUACGGUGCAACCUCUACUAACUGCUUUAUAAGUCAAUCGUUGUCUUUUAAUGUUAGUUUUGAUAAUAAUCAACUGUUUUACCGGUCAUUGGUUGCUAUAGUGAUCUCAUCAGAAACUGUGCGCAUUACAGCUGAUAUGCUCCUGCAGUGCGCACUCGUAACACACCCACUUAACUAUAGCGACUUUAAUCAGUACGGAUACGAUGAAUAAAUCUUUAUUUUGUUUGAAGAACUUGUAGUCCUAAUGCAUUUUAAUAGACAUUCGUCAAAGAAAUAAACAUUUCUUAAAGCAAGUGAGAGAAUACACCAAUCACUUUUUGGUCGGUGCAGACAGGUAAAAUUAUUAUGAUUAUUAUUAUAGUUAUUAUGAUAUCAUUAUAUGCUACGAUCUAGGCCUAUGAGCAUGCAGGCCUCUGGGUGUGUGUCCUCCUGCCUAGGUUAGGACUACCUAUAUAAUUUCAUUCCUUGAGUCUUUAAACUAGGAGAAUAUUUCUAUUAUAUGUUCAUUCUUUAGUUUAUAAUUAGAGUUCAUUGAUUCAAGGUAUUCCUUAAAUUUUCAUAAUUAAUAUUGGAUUUGAAUUAACUUUCUUCAGGUUUUAAUCAACCUUGUUUUCAAUUACCAUUUGUCAACAAACGACGAUUGGGCAAGUGUCUUUCCUCAUGACGUAGGGCUAGGCGUAAAAGAAAAAAACUAGCCUAGUAAUCGGUGACGAAAAAAUGUACUGUAUUUUCUUUUGCACAACCUAAAUAAAAUCAAGUCAAGCGUGCAUUAUUUGCAAAAAUAUUGUCCUGUGGGGAUUUAAUUAUACAAAUAAUGGUUUUUAUGAGUACAAUGGGGUAGAAUAUUUCAUGAGGUGAAACAUUAAAUGCUCUAUUCAACGAGAGGCGUAGCUUAUUUGAAUAGAACAUCCAAUCUUUCACUGAAUGAAAUAAUUUACCCCAUUGUAAGAAUGAGAAACAUUCAUUAUUUGUUUUAUACAACAACCCCUUUAUACGUCGCAUGCAUACUUUGGUGCUAUGAUUAUUAUAGUAUGCUCUAAUUUUUAAAAUAUAAUAUUAUGUUUGUUUUAAAACUCUUUAUGUUCUGUGUAUAUUAUAGCAUUCGGAGGUUUAAGCAUGUAUUUUGCUUUAAGUGUUACCGUAAUGUAUAAUUUAAAUGUAGUCAAUAAUUUACCUUUGAUGUACUGUACUGUCAGGGUGUAAUUUAAUAUAACUAUGUACGAGUUCUUGGCGGCUGCCCAUUUUUAGAUAUUUAGCUAUGAAUCUAUUGUUUUCGUCAUUUGUAAAUAAAAUGAUAG